UCCCGUGACGAAAAUCCACUACCUUAAACAUCAUGGGAGGGGAGAACUUAUUUACAAUUUCUUUUGAAAGAAUUUUUAACAAACCAAUAUGAUUUGAUGCUACGGUCCAGCAACCUAGCGCGCCAUGUGUUCCCCAAACGUUGUAUGUUGCAGAAUCUAUGUAUUUCUAUGGUUGCUGCUGAACCAGAAACCACCAUAUCCACAAACAUUGAUGCACAGAUACGAGCUCUUUCUCUGCAAGGCAACCUUGAAGAAGCUCUUUCACUUCUCUACACCCACGACAAACACAUCCUCACUCACUCUUCUCUGUCCCUUCAAACCUAUGCCUCUCUGUUCCAUGCUUGUGCCAAGAACAAGUGCCUCCAACAAGGCAUGGCUCUGCACAAUUACAUACUUCACAAAGACCCCACAAUUCAAAAUGAUCUCUUUCUCACUAACCACCUUGUAAACAUGUACUCUAAGUGUGGCCACUUAGAAUAUGCUCGUUACGUGUUCGAUCAAAUGCCGCGCAGAAACAUUGUUUCUUGGACUGCUCUCAUUUCUGGGUAUGCACAAUGUGGCCUGAUCAGAGAGUGUUUCUAUCUAUUCUCUGGUUUGUUGGCUCACUAUCGCCCCAAUGAGUUUGCUUUUGCAAGUUUGCUGAGCGCUUGCGAGGAGCACGACAUCAAAUGUGGCAUGCAGGUACAUGCAGUUGCUUUGAAAAUUUCUUUGGAUGCCAGUGUGUAUGUUGCAAAUGCUCUCAUUACAAUGUAUAGCAAGUGCUCUGGUGGUUUUCAUGGAGGUUAUGAUCCAACAGGAGAUGAUGCCUGGACCAUGUUCAAGUCAAUGGAGUUUAGAAAUCUUAUAUCUUGGAAUUCAAUGAUUGCAGGUUUCCAAUUUCGUGGACUUGGGGACAAAGCCAUACGUCUUUUCGCACAUAUGUACUGCAGUGGAAUCGGGUUUGACCGUGCCACACUACUUAGUGUCUUCUCUUCCUUGAAUGAAUGCAGUGCUUUUGAUGAAUUGAACAUACCUCUCAGGAACUGUUUUGUGCUGCACUGUCUCGCUACAAAAACCGGUCUUAUUUCAGAAGUUGAAGUGGUAACUGCAUUGGUAAAAUCUUAUGCAAAUCUUGGAGGACAAAUUUCUGACUGUUAUAGGCUCUUCCUUGAUACAAGUGGGAAACAAGAUAUUGUGUCAUGGACUGCUAUUAUAACCGUGUUGGCAGAUCAGGAUCCUGAGCAGGCUUUCCUCCUUUUCUGCCAACUUCACCGUGAGAAUUUUGUGCCGGACUGGCAUACAUUCUCCAUUGCCUUAAAAGCUUGCGCAUACUUUGUGACUGAGCAACAAGCCCUGGCAGUUCACUCACAAGUAAUUAAAAGAGGGUUUCAGAAAGAUACAGUUCUUUCAAAUGCCUUGAUACAUGCUUAUGCGAGGUCUGGUUCCUUAGCUUUGUCUGAACAAGUAUUUGAUGAAAUGUGUUGCCAUGACUUGGUUUCUUGGAAUUCGAUGCUCAAGUCUUAUGCCUUGCAUGGGAAAGCUAAAGAUGCACUGGAGCUCUUUAAGAAAUUGGAUGUCCAUCCAGAUUCUACAACCUUUGUCGCGCUUCUCUCAGCAUGCAGUCAUGCUGGACUUGUUGAAGAAGGAGUGGAAAUUUUCAACUCCAUGUCUGAUAAUCAUGGCAUUGUUCCUCAACUAGAUCACUAUGCCUGCAUGGUUGACCUUUAUGGGCGAGUUGGGAAGAUAUCUGAGGCUGAGGAUUUGAUACAUACAAUGCCAAUGAAACCUGAUUCUGUGAUUUGGAGUUCAUUACUCGGAUCCUGCCGGAAGCAUGGGGAGACUCGCUUGGCCAGAAUUGCAGCUGAAAAGUUUAAAGAGUUAGAUCCUAAAAAUUCAUUGGGAUACGUACAAAUGUCAAACAUAUAUUCCUCUGAAGGUAGUUUUAUUGAAGCUGGCUUAAUUAGGAAGGAAAUGAGAGACUCUAGAGUGAAAAAACAACCUGGAUUAAGCUGGGUUGAGGUUGGGAAGCAGGUUCAUGAGUUCACCUCCGGUGGUCAUCAUCAUCCUCACAAGGAGGCCAUACAAAGCCGUCUCGAGAUAUUGAUUGGACAAUUGAAAGAAAUGGGUUAUGUGCCAGAGAUUACCUUAGCCUUGUAUGACACAGAAGUGGAGCACAAAGAAGACCAAUUGUUUCAUCACAGUGAGAAGAUGGCAUUGGUAUUUGCCAUAAUGAAUGAAGGAAAUUUGCCUUGUGGUGGUAAUGUCAUUAAGAUAAUGAAGAAUAUCCGUAUUUGUGCUGAUUGCCAUAACUUCAUGAAAUUAGCAUCAAAUCUAUUUCAGAAGGAGAUUGUUGUGAGAGAUUCAAACCGCUUUCACCAUUUCAAAAAUGCAACAUGCUCUUGUAAUGACUAUUGGUAACAUGCCACCUGGAUUCCCCCUGUGGUUGUAAUGACUGUUGAUCACACACUAGUUGCACUUCUCAACUAGAUUUUGGCUAUAUUUGGAUUGGUAGAAAGGAGAUAAAAUGAAGUGACGCCAAGUUCUAUUGUUUGGAAUGUUGAUGGAAUGGAAUCUAAUGAGAUGUAUUAUGUUCCAUUCUAUCCCAAACAUCUCCUUUUAUCUCUCUUGAUUUGGGGAAUGUGGGAUGGAAACAUUUUUUUAUUUCUUUCCAUCCGAAUGUUAUCACAAAAUAUGCAAAUAAUGGAAUCAUAGCUAGCUUACGUUACAUUCCAUCUCAUCUUAUUUCAUUUCAUUCCAGCUAUCAUUAGAUGUCCAACAUAGCCUCUUUGUCAUGUUACUUCAAUCGAGGAAACGCAACUUGCUGAACAUAAGUGAAAUGCAAUUGUACGGAGGACACUGUUAGCUGCUUCUUUAGUUCAUGAAUAUGUUGAACUUAAAAUGUAAUAAACUUCAUUUUCUCUAGAAUUUAGUUCUCUUCAGUUCCACAUCUUGGCUUAGCUCCACAUUGUAUGAAUUUUUACCAAUUUGACUUUAUCAUAUAAUACAACUUAACGCCUCUGCUUUUAUGAUUGUUUCUGUCCCUGUCCCUCUCGAGUACAGAAAAAUAAGGAAUAAGUUUGCUCAACACCCCAAGUACACCAAAAUUAAG